AUGGCAGGAGGAGAAGCUCCUUCCACUAGGGUUGUGAUUAUUGACACCAAAUAUGUGCACACCGAUGCCAAGAGCUUCAAGACGGUGGUGCAGAAGCUGACCGGGAAGGAUCCGGCAGCAGCAGCGGAGGAGGACAGACGUAGCGGCGGUGGCGGGAGCGGGAGCUCGAGUCUUACGAGAGACUCGUCGUUUAAGGAGUUCCAGAGAGUGCUGCGAGAGAUGGCCAAGAGUUGA